CUGCAGCUGGGGGUGGGGGACCCCCGGCACACGGGGGGGUGGGAUGUUUUGGGUGUCCCAUGCCCCCACGGAUGUCCCCUGUGCGUCUCUUCAGAGUGGUGGCCCUGUCCCGUGUGGCACAGAGUAGCCGGGGGGGGUGGAGGGUGAAUUUUGCCGCUGCCCACACGGGGGUGGGAGCGGCUGUCCCUCUGUCCCCUGUCCCCCCACCUCUGGGGACACUCAGGCAUGAGGGACGGGGACACACACGGAGCCAGCCGUCCCUGUCCCAGCGCAACCGGCCACUGCAGGCGGGGUCCCCCGCGGCAGGGAAGGGGUUAAGGACCCCCCACAGGUUGGCUGAACCCCCUGGGGGGCUCCCCAAGGACUCAUUACCGCGGCCUCAGCCCCCCUGCCCGGGGAGGGGGGAUGAAUAAUUCAGCUCCUGGUAGGAAGACGUGUCCUCCCUCCCUCUCCUUCCUCCUCCUCCUCCUCCUCCUCACCGGCUCUGCCUUCCCCACCUCCCGCCACUCUCAUUCCUCGCCGUACCGAGCCCCGGCUGCCACGGAACUCCGCUCGGUAGCGGUGCCAGGGACCCCCCCUCCCCACCCCGGGCUGCGGUGACUCCCGGCCGAGGCCAUGGACCCCAAGGAGCGCAAGAAGAUCCAGUUCUCCGUGCCGGCCCCCCCCAGCAACCUGGACCCCCGCGCCGUGGAGAUGAUCCGCCGGCGGAGGCCCACGCCGGCCAUGCUCUUCCAGCUCUCCGAACACUCCUCGCCAGAGGACGAGAACCUGCCCUACCAGCGCUCGGGCGAGGGCUGCCUGCUCAAACCAAAGAGGACCAACCCGUGUGCCUACACCCCGCCCUCGCUCAAAGCCGUGCAGCGCAUCGUGCAGUCCCACCUGGAGAGCGGCAUGGGCGGCGGUGACAGCUCCGACGGGGAGCCCGACGACGGCUGCGACCCCGACAGCGCCCUGGAGGCUGCCCCGGGGAGCCAGGGCAGAGCCGAGCGCAGCUACUUCCCCGCCGGGCUCAAGGCGCACAAGAGGAAAGGUGGGCAGAAGGUGUCCUUCGCCGGCGGCAUCGACGAGCGCGAGGAGGACCUGAAGUCCCUCACGGUGUCAGAGAUCCCCGAGGACCCCGAGGGCGCGGAGGGUGACGAGGAGGAGCCGGGCCAGGAGCAGGACGGUGGCACCGGGGAGCGGCGACACGUCGGCUUCGCCGAGGUGCCCUCGCGCCCCAUCGGCACCGAGCGCCACUCGCCCACCUUCCCGCUGGGCACCAGUUAGCUGGCACCGGGCACCGGGCACCGGCCCCCCCGGCACCCCCCGGCCGCCCGCUGCCUGCGCUUCGCCUGCCGUGCGCCGUGUGCUGCGCCAUGCUGGGCCCAGGGCCCUGCGCCAUGCCGUGCUGGGCCGUGCCGUGCCAUGCUGGUCCGUUCCGGUCCAUGCUCGUCCAUACUGGUCCAUACUGGUCCAUACUGGUCCAUGCUGGUCCAUACUGGU